AUGGCCGCCCAGCUGAAGGAGAUCGUGGAGCGCCUCAAUGCCGAGCCCUUCGGGAUGCAGCUGUCGCUGCUGGCCUUCGACGAGAUGGAGCCGCACGAGCUGCUGGAUGUGCUGAAGAGGAUCUGCGUCUACAUGGACAAAAAGCACGACUACGAUUGGCGAGACAACCUCGACCAGACGUACCAGAAGCUGGCCGAAUUCCUGCACACCGUGGGCUACCAAUGCCCGUUCGACACCGAGUUCCAGUCAGGCGUCAUGAGCGGUGAGAAGCGGACGGUGCACCCGAUCCUGUACUGGCUACUCAGCAACCUCGAGGCCGCGCGGGCCGCCGCCUCUUCCGCCGCUGCCGGGGGCCCAGGGCCGAGGCUCCGGAGGCCAGAGUCCGCUUACGACGAGUCCUCCCAGUUGCCGCGGACCAUCUUUGUUGAGGCCAGUGCGAUCAGCACCGUGGCCACAGCGACCAUUGAUUGCUACCAGACGCGCAAUCCUUGCUUCCGCCUCUUCGCCAUGUCUGCGGGUGGCGCGGGUGGCGCGCGCCUCUUCCCCAGUGCCUUGUCGCCGCCAGUCUCUGCCAGCGGCUUGCCGCCAGGCUCUGCCAGCGGUGCCGAGUAUGGGGGGUCGCGCAGGCUGGCGCAGCGUUUCCUGUAUUCCGCUGGCUCCAGAGCGGGGUUCGUGGAGCUCGCCGCAAGCCGCGUCACUAAGCCCACGAACGCGGCGGGCAACCCUGCCGGUAACUCCACGAACCCGGCCGGUAACCCUGCCGGUAAUUCUACGAACCCGGCCGGUGACCCGGCCCGGCUGGUAACCCGGCUGGUAGCCCGGCUGUUAACUGCGCGCCCGGCCGGUAACCCGGCUGUUAGCCCCAGCCCGGCUGGUAACCCGGCUGGUGACCCGGCUGUUAAUUCCCAGCCCGGCCGGUAA